AUGACCAUAAGGGUUAUCUUUCAUAUUAUAAAGUUUGAAGUUUUCGUUAUCUCUGGUGGACUUCAGAGCUUAUCUGAUAGGUUUUACGCUUGUAACCCUGUGUUUUAUUCUAGAGCAGAUCUUGAGGAAAUUACCGCGGUUUUUACGGUGACUCUAACUGCUUUGAUUGAACAGAUGACAAAUUUAGCAAAUCAGGUGAAGAACAAUAACAACAUGAAUCAACGAAGAGACAUGAGAAGAGAACAUGUUAGGCUUCCACGGGGUGGAAACAAUCAUCGUGUUUUUAUUGCUGAAAAUUUGAGUUCCGAAGAAGAAGAAUCCUAUGAGGAAGAGGUCGUUGAUCAUGGAAAACGACAUAACCAUGAUUAUCGAGGGAAUGCUAAUAUUCUAUUAUUCUAUGAAACGAUGGGAAUGAAGGAGUUUUUGGAUUAG